AAAGCAGCAGCUGCUUACAGCUGGCUCGACAGCUAUAGGUUUAUCUCAGACGACAAAAACCUUUGCUUAUAGAAGUAUAAACUAAACAAAUGUGUGGCUGGGUUUCCUUCUGCUUUAGAGGGUAAUAUUUCACAAUAGCAUGGCUUGUCAGAUGCGGGCCAAAUAAAUAAGGGUGGGCUGUGGUAAGAGGAACAGGAAGAGAGGAGACGAGAGAGAGAAGGUAGCAAGGCAGACAGAGAGGGCGAGCGCUUGUCACGUCAGCAUGUGAAACUCUUCAUAGCUGGGUUUUUUUUUUCUUCAUAAAGAUAUUGACAAGACAAGUGACGAGCCAAAAAUGCUGUGCUCCGUCUGUGACUUCAAGAGAUGAUGCUUUGAAGAGACAAAGUUGAAAAAUUAAGGCUGACAGUAGGAUUAAUGGACUGCACAGAGAUCAAAGUUGAAAUGGCUGAAGAGGGACCGCUGGAAAGUCUAGUCAUCACCGAAGAGGGAGACAUGACCGAGAGUGUCACAGACAGUGAGACAGGGGCAGCGAGCAGUUCACUCACCACACAGAGCUGCAGCGGAGAGUCGACUCUGAAAGAGGAAGAGGAACACGUAGGAGAGGACACGAAUGAAGAAGAUAUAGCAGGUAAAAUGUGUUUAGAGGAGCAGAACCCGGAAAAACAAACCAACUCAGGGGACAAUCAGAUAGGGGAGGUUGUUCUGACUCAAGAGGAGAAAACUGAGAAUGAUGGACAAAACAAAGGUAAUAGUGAGAGUGAAGAGCAGACACAAGAGAUGAUGGGGAUUCAUGAAAAGCCUGAAAGUGACACAGAGGAUAAAGAGAUUACACAAGACGAUCUUCAAGUGGAUUUAAAGAGGUUAAAUUUCUCCGAGGAGACACCUGAAGGGACACAAAGCCAAGAAGAGGACCCAAAAAAGGCUCACCGGUUAACCCCUGACUUCCCAGACGCGCUCUACGAGCUGCUGUGCACCCUUCAGGAGGGGAGACGGCUCAAUGACCAACGCUGCUCCUUCAGGCUGGAGAGUGGGAUGAGGAGGAGGAGGUGCCACUCGGAGCCCAACACCACCAAGCCGGCCAACAGAGUCGUCUUUUCCUCCAUGACAUCACUGCAGAAAGAGGAGUUUUUUGACCUGGUUGCCACCGCUCAAGCUCGCCGGCUGGAUGACCAGAGGGCGCAGCUCGAAAAGUCCCAACCAGCAAAAAUAAAAGCCAGAAGUUUCAGAGGCAGCAUAAAGCAACUGUCUCUUGUGAGAAGGCCUGCACCUGCGCCAGAUCCUGUGCCUGUUCCUGUGCCUAAAGAGGAUCUGUAUAACAUGAUUCUGACGACACAGGCACAGGGCAGGCUGGAGGAUCAGCGCAGCAGGGCUCCCGGUCCCAUGGACGAUGAGGACUUCUUCUCCCUGCUCCUGAGGGUCCAGGGAGGACGCAUGGACGAGCAGAGGACUGAAUUACCAUGCUUGCUACAAACCUGAGAUAGAAAAAAAAACUGUGGCACUUCAGUAUUGUAGCUUUCUGAGUUCUCUUAAAACAGGAUGUUUUCGUUCUUGACCUUGAUGAUGCUUUAUUUAAGAGAAUUAUAAUCCUUCCUGAUAGUGUUUAACCCUUUGAAACAUGAGCAAAUUGGUAUGAAUUCUUUCAAAAACAGGGGAAAAUUAUAUAUAUAUAUACAUAUAUAUAUAUGCUUAUUUGUGUCCUUUGCUGUUUUUUGUUGUUGUGUUUUUUUUAACCCAUUUCUGGCUAAUUUUCUGUGCCAUGUCUUCUUAGGUUUGCUUAUCACCUUGUUCCCAUGUUUUUCUGAAAGAAAUUAAACCAAUUUGCUCAGGUUUCAAAGGGUUAAAGCUCUUGAGAUUGUCGCAAAAACGCUAAUGUUUGAUCAGCAUAGCUUUUGUUGUGACUUGAGGGACAUUCCUGAUGAGAUUACUGAGUUUACUGCUAGUUAGCUAUUCUUUUCUGUCUUAAUAAUAGGAUCAGGAGAUAUGCUGUGUUAUUUUGGCAAAGUUUGUAUUUUAUUGUGUGUCUGCGAUGAGUGGUUGAAUGAGUUUGUGUGUGUUCCUGUUCUUAAUGCGUGGGAGGCAGUCUACUGAUCUCUGUCGUUUCUUCUUAUUUGUACAGCAGACAUUAAACACACCAGGGAUGGUGUUAAGGAGAUAAGAGCUCCAAGGCCACACUUGACUGUGUAUGGAUGAAUGUCCUCCAGAAAAUAAACAAAAUAUGUAUCUGA